UCUGCGGGGCUGCUGCUGCCGUUGCCGGGACGCGACGGGCAGGGCAGGGCAGGGCGGCAGCGGCGCGCUCGGGCCCCGGACCCCCGCUGAAGAAGGCGCUGGGAGGCAGCCCGUAGAGAGUGGCGCGAAGUGAACCAGUUUUGCAGGAUGAGCGCUGUGACUGAAGAAGUUAAGCCAGAAGAUGGCAAACUGGAAUCUGAAAAGAAAAUCUUCUACUGUGAAAUUUGUCAAGUGCCAUGUAUGAGUUCUAUAAGUCUUCAGUCACACUAUCGUGGUGCAAAGCAUAGAAAGAAAGAGAAAGCCUUGAGAGCCAAGACUGUCUGUUGUCCUCCAGUUCCAGUCCAAACUCCGAUGAAGUAUGAAACACACAGACCAGUGAAAAGAGGACUCACAAAGGAUAUAACCUGUCUGAAGGAUUUUAUGAGUGAUCCCAAAAGAGAAGAACCUCUAGUUGGUUUAGAACAUGUGGUUGAAAUUAGAUUUGAAGGAAGGAAAGAGCCACAUUAUGAGUGCAAAUUGUGUGGGUUUAAUACAGAGAUGGCACCUAUGAUAGAACACCUUAGUGGAUAUAAACACAGAAGAGCAUACAUCUCUAAAGAAUUUCCAGAGAAAAUGAAGAGAAAGGCAACAGAUGUAAAAGAAUGCAAAGUCUCAUUUCUCAAACGGAUAGCAGGAGAGCUAGAGAAGACUGAAGGAUUAAAAAUGUAUAAGGUUGAAGGUUACGUAAGACCAAGCACCUCACCCCCAUCAAAGAAGAAAGCAAGGUGGGAAGAUGGUUAUAAGCAUGAGAACGAUCCUGUUCGGAAACAGAAAGCUCUGGAGUUCUUGGAGACUUUUCACAUCACCUCAGACUCAGAAGCAACACUUGUUGUUCAUAUUACACAGGAACUCACAGAAGCUUUGAAGGCCUUCUGUGAAAAGAAAGCAGCAGUUAAUUAUGCUAACAGUCUAAGGCCACUAAUGUCAAGAUCUCAAGAUGCAUUUCCAGGAAGCAAAAGCAUCCCAAAACACUAUAAGCCAUAUGGAAAAUCCAAAGGAAAUUCUGACUGGAAUAAAGGCUUUUUGUCUCACUAUGAAGAAUGUUCUACAGAUGCUUCUUUUGCUCCUACUAACUCAUACAGUUAUCAAACAGAUGAUGGGUCAUCUUAUGGACUAAAAUCGAAGCAUUUUGCAGUGAUAUCUGCACUCAGGGACUCUUUUGCUCUUCAGACUGGAAGUGCUGCCAGUGAUGUCGGUGAAUGGCUGAGACAGUUGAGACGACCUGCUUCUGGCAGUAAUAAUUCAGCUGGUCACACUUCUUCCUAUAAGACAAGUCCAGAGAGUAAGUACACGGCAGAAUAUUUGUCCAACGAUGUGCAAGGAAGUAAGAUCCCUGAUCACAGAGUCUCAUAUGGCAGGGAAGGUACAAAUUGGAGGAAUCAACAAAUGUGUGCGAGAUCCAGGAGUGUAAGUGAUCAAGGAUUACCCUAUCCCAAUUCUUCUGCCUCAUAUCCUUCAUCUGGAAGGUACUCCACAAACUCUCCUUUGCAAAACUAUUCCUCUUACAGGAACGAUGAGCCUGUGAAUACUUGUCUGUCUUCUGCAAAUUCUACUGUUUCAGGAAUAGGUGGUUCCAGGUGGCACCGGGAUUCCAGGUGGCACCAGAACUCCAGGUGGCAUGAGGACUCCAGCUGGAACCACAGCUCUAGCUGGAACCAGGAGUCUGUCUGGAACAAGGAGUCUAGCUGGAACUGUGAAUCUAGGUCUCAAGGAUCCAGGCAUCAGAAGUCAGGCUACAAGAGUGACUGGAGUUCACAUCAGAUUUCUGGCAGUGGUUCUUACAGAGAUUACCAGCAAUUCAGAAGCUCAGAUAAGAUGUUUGAUGAAGAUGCUGUUGGUCUUAAUCCCAAUGUAUUGAACAGACUACAAGGAAAGGAUAUACCUACAAUGACCAGGAUGCUCAAACAACUGGCUCCAUAUUAUCCAGCACUUCAAAGUAAGAACUAAAUAUUCAGACAUUAGUCAAUGUGCUAGUAGGAACUAGAGGAAAAGAUUAAGGAGCAACAACAGCUGAACUGGAAACAGAGGAACAGAUUCAAGAAUCUCCCUCUCUUGGCUUUCAGGACAGAAACUGCAUUUCAUUCUGUGUUUGACUGAUUUGGGGAAAGGGAGGUAGGGUUUAAUUUUGUAACGUGUCAAAUAUAGGUGGAACACAAACUUGCACAUAACAGAGGUGAACAUACUAUUUUGUUUAGGCUUUUAAAAUGUAUUUGUUAUAUCAACAUAUUACAGAAAACUUUUGUUAUUUUUUGAAAAUAUGUUAAUGUUAUUAUGUCAGCAAGAAGCUAAUAACCCUUUUAGCACCUUUCCCACCUCAGAAAAAAAGAGAGGUUUGCUUUUAUGUCAUCUACUUAGGAAGACUAUUCCCUGAAAAUGGUUAAUGUGAGGCUUUAUAAUUGGCAUAUUUUAGAAAUGGAUACACUACAUUUCUGUUUAAACAACAAAAGGAGAAGUCACAGCAAAGGUAUUCUGUCCUAAGGUGAUGCUAUAUGAGGAAAAUGUAAUGUGUUCUAGGGGACUGGUCUGUAAUGGGGCAUACGACUUCCAUUUUUGCAGAGAAAGACGUGAAAUACACAGGGGGUUUUUUUAGUCAUUCAGAAUGAAAUGGUUCCACAUUAACCUCAAAACUCAUUUGAUGGAUUGUUCCAUACUAAGACAAGAAGUCUUGAUUCUUUCUACUGGCACCAGCGUACAAAGAAAUGGUAGGCAAUCAAAUAAAUUAAUAAGGAAAAAUAAAUAAUCAGAAUGACUACUGAGAAGUACUUACCUGGUUAUAAUGUUUAUCAACACUCCACACCUACUUUUUUUUUCCCCACACUUCUGAGCCUCGUGAAUGCUCAUGAAUGCCUCACUUCAGAUAUCUACUUUAUAUAAUAAAUGCAGCUUGCAUGGAGCUAAAGAAAAGAAGUGAGACAGUUUACUCCCCAGUGUCCAUUUUCCUUGUCACUGCUGUGUUGUAGACCGUCAUUUUUCUUCUCACCCAUACCUGAGAUAUUUCUCUGACUCAGUGUGUUAAAUACCUGUGCUAAACCAGGGUCAGUUGACAAAAUGUCUUUUUGUGUUCACUAAGAUAACUGUUUGUAUCUUGUCAAUUGCAACAAAAAGGUAACAAACCAGUUCCUUAUAGAGUAUAGAAACUUACUUCCCUAGAACUGUCUUUCUGUAAUUGUUUUGCUUGUGCACCAGAACAGAUCCUUUUCUUUUUCAUUCCUGUUCACUGCUUCCUUUUCUCCUUCUCAUACUUGAAGGAUUUAACUAGUUUCUAAUGGCAUCCAUUUAGUAGUUGUGCCAUACACUUGUAUUCAUUGAAUUACAUAGUAGACCUUUUUUGCUUAAAGGGUAAAACUACUAUUUUCUACCACAGCUGUCUGCCAGAGUUCUGAUGUAAAACCCUAUGGGGGUGGUAAGUUAUAGUCUACAUUUUAAAAAGAUCAGAAAUGAUUUCUUUACAUGAGUGGUUCCACUGUAGGUUUUUUCCACUUAAAGUGUAGUGCAACUAACAUUCUGAAACUGUAGGAAAAAUGUUUCUAGAAGAUGUCACUGCUACAGCUCUGUCAAGUUAAGACCUUUUCAUGUGAGCCUUUCCCAUUUCUCACUCACUUUGGGAUUUUAGUGCCAUUAGAGUCAUAGAAUCAUAGAAUGGUAGGGGUUGGAAGGGACCUUUAGAGAUCAUCUAGUCCAACCUCCCUGCAGAAGCAGGUCCACCUAGAUCAGGUUGCAUAGGAUCUCUGCCCAGAUUAGAUGCUCUUUCUGCCUACAUGUUCCUGUGUUAGUUCUUGUUGUGGGGAACAGUUCGUGUCCCUGCUUCUUCUUGUUGUGCAGGGAAAUUGCAUUUUGGAAUGGAGUUGAAGUAGUGACCAAGUGAAGAGAGGAAAUGGUUUUCAGUGUUGAUUUACUGAAGGUUUCCUGAGCUCCAGGUAGCAUUUGAAAUCUUGUAAAUGCACUUUGUGUCUCUGCUUUUCAGUUCUUACCAAAGUCAAUAGAGUGCUUGAAAUGAUUGUCUGUUGCUUCUUAUACACAAGCACUGUCACACAGGGAACUUUUUUAAGCUGUUGAUACCUAGUAAUAUGCACUUGGAGCCUGCCUUAUCUCCUAUGUGGGAUCACUGCC